CUCUGUCGCCAUGUUGCUAAAUCAAUAAUGGAGGUCAACGAUUGAUGUUUCUAUACUUCCUUUGUAAUUAGUCGUAACUUUGUGCUAGCAAAUCUCACACCUUUGAGUACGAUUGAAAUUGUGUGAGUUAAAUAUUUUGUUUAAUUGAUUGCCUGGAAAUAAAUAUUCUUAACUUUUUCUUAAUGCCAUUAAAGAAGGCACUUGAACUUAAAAAAAAGAUGAAAAAAAAACAAAAAACAACCCCAAAGUUUAAUCGCGAAUGCGUGAUGGUUGGGCCCGGUGGAUGCACUUCUUUCUAAACUACCCCUAACGGGACAAAUGUGUUUAAUUAUUAUUUAACUUUACAUUUUCUGGGACCAUUAAUUUAAAGACAGAGUUUCAGAAUAUUAAAUAUAGGCCUACUCGCUAGUGACAGUUACUGCAGAGUUUUGAGAACUUGAUAAUUUAAAUUUUGUGCAUAAUUUAAAAAUUAAAUUUGCCUACUCACAUUUGUUGUAAUUAACAAGGCCUCAUUAACUUUAAAUUGAACUUGGGCUUACCUGAAAUUGUUUAGGUUAAUGUUUAAAUUCAACAACAAUAUUUAUUUAUUAUUUAGCCUUCUACUAAUAAUCCAAAGUAUAACCACUACUUCUACACUUAUGAGUCUGAAUGUUAUGGUAGAUGACUGGGAAAAAAGGGGGGAGGGGUGUGUGUGUGCAUUAUUUAUGGGUCCCUCUCACUCCCAAUUUUAUGCACCAAAAAAAUAAGUAGCCUCAGCCAAGUAUUACUAAGAGUAAUUAAAGCUUACUUUAGGGGUGUGCCGGAUCCGUUUUUUCCAACCGGAUCCGGAUUUUCUUAUGCGAAAUCCGCCGGAUUCGGAUCCGGAUUCCGGAAUAAUCCGGAUUCCGGUUUCUCCCGGAUUCCAGAUUUUGGUACUAUUGGUAGAUACUUCCGUAAGUCAAGGUGGACUACUACUUUUUGUGUAUGGGAAUUCGCAAUCGGCGCCAAAAAAUCCGAGUUUUUAAUUUUCCGAUGUGUGUGUCUAUUUAUUAUUAAAUUAGUACUUUCGAUAUAUAUUUGAGUUCCGUUCCAUUUGGAUAAGUGUCUUACGAGAGACACCAUGUUUCUACGCGUUCGCAGCAGGUCAUGCAGCUCGCUCAACCUAAUUCGCCAUGGGUUUAGCCACGCCCCCCUUUUUAAUGGCGGAAGUUAUGAUUUUGGUGUUAUAAUUCUUUAAAAAAUUACAUCUUUUCAACUAUGCCAUUGGUUUAUUUUUACAAAAAGUUUAAAUUUUCUUAUCAAAGUCCCUACACUAUUGGCCACUAUUAGCGGUGCUGACAAAAAGUUUAAAUUUUCUUAUCAAAGUCCCUACACUAUUGGCCACUAUUAGCGGUGCUGACUCUAGCCUCUGGUAUGUACGGAAUAUUAAACAUUAAACAAGCUCAACGCUCGAAACAAUCGAUUAAUGUAUCGUGAUCGUGUGGAAUUCGGGAAAGAGAAUUACUUUUAUUUCAGAUUAUGAUCCGGUGAGUCACAAAAUCUGGCAAAUUCCGAAAUCCGGUAUAUUCCGGAAUCCGGUUGUUCCGGAUACAUGUAAAUCCGGCGGAACCGGAUUUCACCGGAUAGUGCAAAAUCCGGCGGAACCGGAUUCCGGACCGGAUUCCGGCACACCCCUAGCUUACUUGUCAACUUUAUCCUUGACAUAUUCACUAGAAUUGCACUAGGUACAGCGAGUAUUCUUCUGCUCAUCUUCAUUCAAACUCAUACAUAGAAAUUCAAUUCAAUUUGCUAAUGACCCUAAUUACAAGCAUACCCGUACGAGUUAUGUUUUUAAAUUUUAAAAGGUAAUGGGGAUCUUCUGCCUGUUAUUUUCUGGGUAGAUUGCCCUACAGUUACUUCUUUGUCUUGUUGGUAAAUCCCACAAAUCUCUCCUUCAUAAACUUUGGCGCCGCCAUCUACAUUCAAACGUUCCGCCUUAUUGGAUAUUGAAGGAAUUCCAAGUUUUGAGACAGAAAGUUAAAAUUUUCUCUUGCACCCAAAAGAAGCAUAACAUGAAAACUAAUCAUAAUUCUGAAUCUAUGUAAUUUUUAGUUACUUUUUAAUAUUAUUCAAGUGAUGUUUUUAUUAAAAUUUCUUUUUUUUUUUCUUUUCUUUUUUUCUUUAAAAAUAAAAUUAGAAAUAUAUUACAUAUUUGUUGAUAUAAAUGUUAACAAUUUUCUUAUGCCUCUGUCCUAGUAAAAAUAUAAUUACUAUGAUGAUGUUGAGUCUUAUUUAUUGAUUUUAAUAAAUGUUUUAUAGACUAAUUCAUAUGUUGUCUAAUUUUAAUUUUAAACAAGUCACAGUGACGCAAUUUUCACAAAAAUAUAUGUAAGAAAAAAUUUUAAUUUCAGACUUAGAAGGUACCAAAAUGCAUAACCAUAUUUUAAUGGAAUUACAAUUGAUAAUAGUAUAAGUAUAUUUUUAAUAGUAGUAGCAACUGCUUUUAUUGUGCUAUAAUUACAUUAAUUAUAAUUUAUAAAUAAAACUAAUAACUAGUCCUAUGCCCUAUACUACUACUGCCGGAAAAUAUAAUUAUAUAAAUCAAGGGAAAAAACAAGUCCAAAAUUCAACGGACUACAUGAACUACAGUUAUUUAAAAUUAUUGAAUUUAUUAGGUUGUAUUACUUCUUCUUCUUCUAUAUAAUAAGGGCCCAUGAUCAAUUUAUUGAUAUUUUUGAAUCCUAUGCAUGUAGAGGGAAUUUGAAAUGUUUCUGUGCCUGGUGUUGAUGAGGAUAUUUCACUGAUUGCAAGUGGUACUUUGUGAGGGAAUCAUGCACCUUGGGUUUGAAGGCUUGAAGCAAUAGACGCAAAUGUGUCUAGUGUUGUCGCCUCAACUUUUCCUUUAAAAAGCUUGUUCCAGUCCCUGAUUGUCUUUGGCAGAAAUGAGCAGCUCCUAUGCUGGCUUCUUGCUGGUAUGGCCUUGUUGCUGUCUAUGGGGGAGAGGGAUGAAUUUUUGUUUAAUACUGGAACAGUGGACCAGCCCAUUAUUUAUCUUGUACAUCAUGGAGAGCCUGGAUAGUUGUUGUCUUUCCUCCAAUGGUGACCAGCCUAAUGUUUCCUGCAUGCUGCCAACACUAGAGGUAUUCCUGUAGUGGUUUAGGACAAAGCGUACUGCCCGUCGCUGGACUGCCUUCUGGGUAAAUGGGUCCCAGACUGAAUAUACAUAAUUUAAAAUCGGACGGACAAAGGCUUUAUAGGCUUUUUUUUUCACACAGGAGUUGCCAAUCUUUAGAUUACGCCUUAAGAACCCCAGGGUCUUGUUUGCAUGGAUACAUACAUUGUUAAUAUGCUCGUCCCAGCGGACCUCUCUUUGAAUGGUAACAUCCAGAUACUUUACAGAGGACACUGGCUCAAGUAUAAGGCCAUGCAGUUCGUAUUGGUAGUGUAGAGGAGUACAAUUUCAAGAGACUGAUAGUCUCUGGCACUUGGCAGGGUGAAAUUCAAUGUCCCAGCUCAUCUCCCACUCAGCUAACCGAUUGAGAUCCUGUUGUAGCUGGUCCUGGUCAGAUCUGUUGGCGAUUUUCCUAUACACCGCUAUGUCAUUGCGAACAGUCUUGCUUGGGAUGUCAGUUUCUCGGGUAGGUCAUUAAUGUAUGCUAGAAACAAACGGAGGCCUAGCUCUGAUCCCUGGGGGACCCCUGACUUCACACCGACAAAGGAGGAGCUUGUACUGUCCACUACUACUGCUUGGCAUUGGUUGCUGAGGAAGCUAGAGAUCCAUGUUUUAGUAGUGCCUUGGAUCCCAUAUCUCUGAAGUUUGUGUAGAAGCAAACUUUGAUUGACACUGUCAAAUGCCUUUGAGAAGUCCAUCACCAGCUUGUCAAUUUGCUUGUGGUUCUCCAGAUUGGUCAUAAAGUCUUCUACAAAUUCAAGGAGCUGGGUCUCACAUGAUCUAUUGACUCGGAAACCAUGUUGACAAACAUAGAGUAUAUUUGGCUUUCAAGAUGCUUCAUGACUGUGGUUACGAUUAUGUGCUCCAACAGUUUGCAGUCCAUGCUGGUGAGGGAUAUCGGGCGAUAGUUGGGAGGGUCGAAAUGCUCCCCUUUUUUUGUAGAUGGGAGUGACAUGUGCUGUUCUCCAGUCGGCUGGAACAUUUCCUGUGCAAAGCGACGAUUGGAAGAGGAUUGUCAGUGCAGAAGCGAUUUCUUUGGAUAAUUCUUUGAGCACUUGUGGUUUGAUGUUGUCAGGACCACAUGCUUUGUAGGGGUUAAUGGUUUUGAGGAGGGCAAGCAACCCUGCUCUGAUAUCUGGAUAUCUUCCAUGACAGGGUAGGCUCUGUUCUUCAUUUUGGUCUUCAGAAGGAACUCUGCCUCAGAUUACUCUCUAUUGUCACCAAAGACUGACUGGAACUGCUGAGUAUGUCAGCCUGUGCUUUUGGGUCAGAUGUCAAAUGGCCAUCCCAUCUCAGGGGGGAAACUCCAGCGUUUGAGGACUUUUGGUUCUUCACAUAGCUCCUUUCUAAUAACAUUGUAAAACAAUUUCCCCUUUAUUAACUGAUUAGUCUUCCACGGAUUAUCAAAGAUGAACUAUAAAGAAUCAAUGUAAAUAUCUUUAAAUUAAAUUGAUAACAAGAACCAUUUCCGACUACCCACUUUUUUUUGUUUGGGGGGGGGGGGGGUAUUGACUACUAACAAUUUUUUUUUUUGAAUUACCGGUAAAGUUAUUAACCUUUGUGAAUGAAUGAAGCAGUAUUGAGCUAAACCACUAUGUUUUUUAAUUUUACAUUAAAAAAUAAUAAGCAAUUAACGUACAUACGGAUGUAAAAAAUUAAAUGCGUUACCAGUCACAAGAUUCUAAAUGAUGCAAAUAUGGUAUUCCUGUGUUUGGAAAAAUAUGUGCUCUAUGUCACUGAUAAUUAAAAUACUAUUAUUAGCAAACUGUGACGUAAAACGCAAAAAAAUGACACCCUCGCUAUGCCGUAUAUUAUAUUGCCACACAAGUUUUUGCGUUAUUUUCGGAUAUGUGCAAACUGUGUGCGCGGUUGGUUAUUGAGGUGCCUAAGUCAAGCUCACUUUUCAAUGAGAUGGCUGAAAUUAUAAAAAUUAUACAAAAAUUCCAAUAGGUCUAUCUAGCAUGAGUUGAAGUAGUUCCAUCCAUAUCUAAGAAGUUAUAAAUUGUCAGUUUUCUUGUUAACUAAAGUUUCUACCUCUUUUUUUUUUGUUACCGCUCUCCAAUAGUUUCCUUUGGCUAAAUUCAGUCAGAGCCAAUACAACCCACCCCCCCCCCCACACAAAAAAAAAAAAAAAAAAAAAAACAACAACAAACAAACCAAACACACACACAUACAUAUACUGCACUUUUUAGCCCAAGUGUAAGUGCUAUUCACAGGUUUCACUGUAAUGUUAUAAUAUAGUAAACCCCAUAAGUGCUAAUGUGGCAAUUAACCCCUUCUCCCCACCAUAGGUAAGCUACUGCCUUUCUCUACUUUACUUGUUUACAUACUUGCAUGACAUACAAGAGCAUAGUUCAGAUGAAGUACCAUCCAUUCAUUACCAUGAUUUUAUGAAUAAAGUACCCGGUAGUUACUAAUUUUUUUAAAAAAAGUUUUAAAAGGGGUUAGGUAAAGGUAACUUAAUAAAACUAAAUUUUAAGCAAAUAUGGCUCUUUUAUAUAUUUUUUAAUUAUCUGUAGCCAAAUGAGGGCUGAUUAAUGGGUACUAAUUAAAGAUUUAUACAUCAUAAGAAACUCAAAAAACUUAAGGCCAAAAAAAGUUCUGUACAGAAAGAAAAAAAAAUUAUUUGAAUACAAUCACUCGAACUAAAAGGUUUUUCUAGAAAACAAAUUUUGUCUACUUAUUUAUUUGUCAAUUUAGUGUCCUUUUUGCAAAAGAAUGUAUUGUUAUUUGGAAAAUCAAGUAAAAGCAUUAAUCAUAAGAGAAAUGUUUAAAGUUGAGUACUGUAUCAAAGGUAUUAUAGAAGCACACAGUUGGCGGCAGAAAUUUAAUACAUUUUUUCAAGUUUUUAGACUGGAAAAAGAUUAUUACCUGUAUGUAUUUUUAAAGAACAAAAAAAACCCAUGCUUUUCUUUUCUAUGCUUGGAUUCCCAGCUGCUGUAGAUCUUUUUCCACAUCAUCCGUACAUCUAAAUCUUGGUCUACCUUUCAGCAAUUUUCCUCUGGGAUUUUGGUGAUGCACCUUCUUCACUCCUCUGUCAUUUGGCAUUCUUUCUAAAUGUGCAGCGCAGCUUGCCUUUUUUUUCAUAUCUGCUACUAUUGUGGAAUCCUGAUAUUGACUAUACAAUUCCUGAUUGGUUCGUAUUCUCCAUCCAUAUUCAUCCUUUGUUGGUCCCUAUAUUUUCCGUAGAACAUUUCUCUCCCAUAUUUUUAAUAGGUUUCCUGCCAUAUAUAUAGUUUUCUUGUAAUGUUUUUUUUUUACUUUUGAGUAUUUUCUGACUUCUGAAGUAUGCCCUGUUUCCGACUGAUAUUCUCUCUUUUUUUUUCUGUUAGUAAGUCAUUUCUUUCAUUUAAUAAAGAUCCUAGGUAUUUGAAUUGAUUUCUUUUUUCAAAAGUGUGGUUUCUAAGUUUAAUGAUUUCACCUGUUUGUUUUUCUCUUAAUAUAGUCAUGUUUUUUGGUUUUUUUUGGUUGUUAACUUCUGGUCCUGCUUGCAAUGACGCAUCUUCUAAUUCAAUAAAGGCUUUUGAUAUAUCUUUUCUACUUUUCCCUAACAGAACUUUGUCAUCAGCAGAAGCAAGAUACUGAAGAGAGUUGUAGAGAGUGCCUAUUGGUUGUGGGGCUUGGGGUUUCCCUCAGAUAGUAUCCUGUUAUUGUUCCUCAGUUGUCAAUAUAUAUGCUUCUUAUAAAUCUCUCCAAUGUUAAGAGACAGUAAGUCUCCUUGUAUAUUGACCCUGAACCUUGAUUUUGCUUUUUGAGUUGUUUAAAGUUAUAUAUAUCAGUCUUGUCAGUUAGUUGGAUAUGCCAAACUCCUGCAGUCUCAUAUAAAUAAUUUCUUUUGAUGCUGUCAUAAGCCAUUUUAAAGUCCACAUAGAGUUGAUGUACUGGAACAUUAUAUUCGUAACAUUUCUUUAAUAGGCAUCUGAUGGUAAAAAUCUGAUCAGUCGUUGAUCUGUUUUGUCUGACUGAAUCCACAUUGGUAGUCACCUAGUAUUUGUUCAGUAUACUGUUGUAGUCUUUUGGCAAUUAGUUUUGUCAGUAUUUUGUAUGUAACAUUUAAUAGGGAAAUUCCUCUGUAGUUUGUGCAUUGACAUUUGGAGCCUUUCUUGUGUAUUGGGGUUAUUAGUGCUGUUUCCCAUUCUGGUAAUUUUCUCUUCUUGCCAAAUUGUAGUUAAAAGUUUAUGCAUCUGAGUAUGUAUUUAUUUCCUCCAUAUUUAAUAAGUUCUGCUGUAAAGAGGUCUUCUCUAGAGGCUUUGUGAUUUUUCUUAAAAUUGAAUACUUCUGUAGUUUUUUUCCAAAGUUGGGGAGUUUAUUAAAGUCCUCCAUGUGGUGGUUGAUAAUCUUCAUCUUGUCCAUUGUCUGCAUUUAGUAUGUCCUCAGAAUAUUCAGCUUAUCUCUUCAUUACUUUACUAUUUUCUAUAAUUAAUUGUCCAUCAUUGCUCUCACACAUUUGAGGUCUGUCUUGGUAUACAUUCUUUUCGUCUUUCAUCUUCAUGUAUAAGUACACUCCUCUAAUAUAUCCCUCGCUUGAUAAGUUUUCUAUUUCUUUUAUUUUUAUAUUAGCUUUUUCUUGUUCCCUUUUUUUCUUCCUACACAUUUUCACAGCUUUCCUUCUGGCUUCAUUGUAUAUUUGUCUCGUAUUUCUUGUUUCCCUUUGUAUCAUGCCUCGUUUCUUUAUUCAACAGUCUCUCUGCAUUCAUUAUCAAACCAGCCCACUCUACUUUUGGUUUGCUGAAAUCCUUCUACUUUUUCUGAUGAUUUUUUCAUGGCAUUUUUUAUCACAACUCACUGUUCAUUUAUCUUGUUUACCCUGUUUAUUGCAUCAUAUGAUUCUUCUAGUUGUGCCGCUAUUUCAUUUAGGUAAGCUUUUGCGGUGAGUGGGUCUGUGGUAAGAUCUUGGUAAUAAUAUCAUUUUUCUCUUUGAUUUCGGCCAUUGUGUAUUAGGUUAUAUUUAACCUUUACAAGUGAAUGGUCAGAGUCUGCAUAUGCUCCUCGAUAGCUUCUUACGUCUAGUAUGUCUGAUCCAUGACUCCGAUCGAUUAGAACAUGGUCAAUUAGGUUGUGAGUGAUUCCAUCUGGUGAGAUCCAUGUAACUUUAUGUAUAUUUUUGUGUGGAAACUUGGUGCUGCUGUCAUCCCUUAUCCUGAAUCAAAGUCAUUGAGUCGGAUCCCAUUGUCGAUGGAUUUUUCAUGUAGACUCUCCUUGCCAAUAGUCGGCAUAAACACGUUUUAAUCCUCUAUUGUGGCAUUAAAGGUGUCAAUCACUAUUUUAAUCAAAUGUCUUGGUGCCUCAUGAUAGAUUUUUUUCCAUUGUCUCAUAAUAGGAUUCUCUUAUCUGACCUUCUGCAUAUUCGAUUGGAGCGUGAAUAUUUAUAAAUGUUAUAUUAAACAUUUUCCCUUGCACACCUAAAGAGUACAAUCUUUCAUUCUCUGGUUUAAAACCUAUAAUUGCACCAUAAAUAAACCUAUAAAUGCUUCUUUCUUCACAGCAAAACCUGUUUCAAGAGUGUUUGUGUUGUCGUCACAAUAAAAUAUAGUGUAGUUCUUUGUCUUCAUGAUGUCUGAAUUUUUCCAUUGAAUUUCUUGCAAUGCAGGAAUAGAGAUUUUAUUUUUAAUUAAUUAAUCUAUUAGGUGGGCUUAGGCUUCUGCUCUAAACAGGCUUAGUUUGUCAAUGUCCAUAUUUAGGCAUGGGUCAAUUUUAAUUAAAUCUCUGUUUUAUUUUGUUGUUAAGCUUUCGUAAAGUUUAUUUCUUUUUACAUGGCUGUGUUGUUCACCUUGGGAACAACUGCCCCAUACAGUUCUCUAGGUAAGAGAUUACUUAAAAAUGAUUUAAAGUUUAAUUCAGCAUUAUUUUAUUAUUUUUAUUUUCAGAUUAAAAAAAGAAUAUGUCAGACUUAGAACAUGCAGAGAAAAAGCGGUCAAGAGAUACCCCAGAGACUGAAUUAGAGUGUAAUGAUGGAAAAAGGUAAAUUCAUGAAUAGGGAGGGAGGAAUUUAGAUUCUUGUUCAUCUCGUUAACAGAUUGUUACAAUGAUUUUGUUUAUUUUUGUAACAUUAAAAUGUAUAUAAAGUAAAAAUAGUUAGUAGUUUCUCUUCAAAAAUUUUUUUGAAGACAUAAAUAAUAAAAUAAGUUUAACUCUUUAAAUCCACUAACUUUCUGUCACUAUAGCUCAGUGGUUCUCAACCUUCUUAAAGCCGUGACCUUAUAAUACAGUUUUUCAUGUUGUGGCGAGCCCCCAACAACAAAUUUUUUUUCGUUAAUAACUUAUAACUGUAUAGUAUAUGUGUUUUCCGAUGGUGUUAGGCGACCCCUGUGAAAGGGUUGUUCGACCCCAAAGGGGUCGCGGCCCACAGGUUGAGAAACGCUGCUGUAGCCCAUCAAACCUAUUUUGAUGAGAAAUAUGAUUAACCAGUCGAGUGUCGAGCAAGUGUAGUUGUGAACCAAAGGUAUAUUCGUAAUACUUCUCACACACACACAUUUCCCCUCUUCCCCCCCCCCUUUUUUUUUUACAUUAAAAAAUUGUAAAAAUAUGAUUAACCAGGCGAGUGUCGAGCAAGUGUAGUUGUGAACCAAAGGUAUAUUCGUAAUACUUCUCACACACACACAUUUCUCCUCUUCCCCCCCCCCCUUUUUUUUUUUACAUUAAAAAAUUGUAAAAUGUGGAAGACACCAUAUUUUUAAGAAAUUAGCUAAUUUCAUCCAUGUUUCCAUAUCCAUAUAUCUGGAACUUCAGAAUAUGUCUAACAUAAUUGUAUGGGCCUUUGUAUACCUUUUCUGUGUGUAUUUGUCAUUUUAGUGGAACAUAUAAAAGUUUCUAAAGAGUUUAGUGUGGGACCUCAUCAUCUGACAUCAAACACCAAGUUAAAUAGACUAAUCAAGAAAGCUAGUAAUAGCACACAAGUAAACCUCCUUCACUUGACGAAAUAUUUGAAGAAAAAGUCUGUUGUAGAACUAAACAAAUUUUGGAUGUUAUAUCCCACCUUCUUCAUCACAGCUACUUACGAUCAGCCCAAUCAGGGUGACUUCUUUCUCUUAAAGUCAGGACCGAAAGAAAGAAAAAUUCUUUUGUUUCCCAGUCUGUACAAAUUAACCAGCGUGCUCCGCCAGCAGUUAUCAAAUCUAAAUGAUCACUAAUUAAGUCAUUAUUGGCACUAAGGAAUUCAUUAAUGAAUGGCUGAUUUCUACGCUAGAGAAAUACUUCAGAUGUCUUGUGUUUAACUUGUUACAAUUGUAAAAUGUUGUCUUGGUUAAAAUAUGUAUUUAUUUCUGUGCUGAAAAUGAAUAUGAACAAUCAAAAAAAUAUCUCCAUUCAUUUGGAUCAAUAAAAUAAUCUUAGAUUUAAUAAAUAUUAAUAUUAUAUUAAUAUAAUUAUCUAUUAUUAAACUUUAUUGUUAAUCCUAUUUAAAUUUUGCUCUUUGGCAGGCCAAAGCUUGAGGCACCUUUGGAAUCAGAAACAAAACAGAAUGUUUCAAAAGACAUAGAAUUCACUUUACCUGUACCUUCAGAUGAAACUGCUAAAGACAUAAAAGAGAAUACCAGCAAUGUUAAACUAGUUGAAACUGAUUUAAUUGGAGUUGUUGCUGAGUUGGCAGAAUCAAAAAAUGAAAAGAGGCAAUCCACGGUUCUUGAUAUUAAAGAAAUUGAACCGAUUUGUGGGCAAAUAGAACAAUCUGACGAAAAAAUGCCUGAAAGCUCUAUUAUGAAUAAGGAUGUAGUGACUAUACACAAAAAGAGUGAAACUGAUAAUAAAAAUUCAAAUGAAGAGAAUAAUGUUGUAAAGGAAGAUGAGAAAGAUGCUAAGAGAGCAUCUGUUAAAAAAGAAGUUAAUAUUUUAUGCAACGGACAAGAAGACAUUGUUCAAGCUUCUUCAAAAAGUGACAGUGAAGAUCAAGCAGAUGAAACUUCAACAGUUAAGUCUGAAGGGAGUGAAAAGGAAAAUGUUGACAUUAAAAAAGAAAAGUCAGAAUCUCCUGAUGUUAUAAUGCUUUCAGAUGAAGAUGAUGAAACUGCUGAUACCACAGUUCGGCACUCUCGUAUGCUUAAAAAAGUCAAGGCUUUGCAGAAUCAGUUGCGUAAUGAAGAAGCCACACUUGUUCUUUUGAAAAAAUUGCGACAGAGUCAGAUAAGUCAGCCACAAGAACCUGCUGUUACUACUCUUCCAAAGCCACAAUCCCACCAUCAGCAGUUGAAUCAACAACAUAUGAGACAGCACGGAGGGCCCCCGCCUUUAGUCAGGGGGGGUCAGCCAAAUGCUAAGACCCUCCAAACUGUUAAUCAAAGUUCCCAUAAUAUGAGAGGACAACAAGUGAAUAAUAGUACUGCGUCUUCUCGCACCCAACAAGGUCCCCCACCACUAGUCAUGGCUCCUCGUUCAGGCAACGGUCAAGGUGUACCAUCACAACAUCACUCUCAUAGCUCACGAGGUAACGUGCCUCACAACAUGUCACGAGGAAGUACAAGCAACCGAAGUCAGCCACAGGUGCAACAGCCACAACAGCAGCAAGCUGUUCAAAGACAGGUACCAACCCCACAAGCUCCACCCCCACCACCUCCUCCACCACAAGAUACACAAACUCCUGCUCAACGCCAAGCUGCAGCUAAGCAAGCUCUCCGUAAGCAGUUGGAGAAAACAUUAUUGCAGAUUCCCCCACCCAAACCACCUCCUCCGGAGAUGAAUUUUAUCCCAUCUUUAGCAUGCCCCGACUUCAUCUUGCUGCUUGGGCUUGAGGAGGUUGUUAAUCAUAUGAUAGACUUUCAGCUCAUUGCACGUGGUCAGAAAAACCCUGAUGAGCGGUUUGUCUGUACUCCUUUCACUUGUGUACAAUGCGGCUCAGAUUUUACCCCAGUCUGGAAGAGGGAAAAGCCGGGCUCUAAGAAUGUUAUUUGUGAACAUUGUGUGACCAGCAAUCAAAAGAAAGCCUUGAAACAGGAGCAUACCAAUCGCCUGAAAUCAGCGUUUGUAAAAGCCUUACAGCAAGAGCAAGAAAUUGAGCGCAUGCAAGCAUCGACCCCAACACCAAGUCCUCAGCCUGUGGGUAGCAGUACACCACAGCCUCAGCUCCCAUCAGCUCCAAUGAUCUCAGCUGCUAGUGCGGCUGCAGCUGCUGCCAAUGCUGCUGCUGCAGCAGCAGUUGCCAAUUUCAGACCAAGUGCAGAGCAGCUAAGACAGCAUCAUAACUUCUUACAAGCUCAGCAAGUACAGCUUAGAGCUGGACAACCUUUGGGUAUUCAGGCAUUCUCUCGUGCUCCCUUUCCAUAUAAUAUUCCUUUUGCCAAGCAACAAGAUCUACAACGCCAGUAUCUUUUAGAUAUGAUCCCAAGAGGUAAUAUGCCUUGGAAGCAAUAGAUUUAUUGCUUAGAUUGUAAUUAAAAUUGACUACAUCACUGCCUAGAAAUGUUUUGUUUUGCUUUAAUAUAUUUAACAUAUUACUAUAUUAAUUCUUUUAAUCACAUCAAUUUUUAUUUACAUUUUUCUAAGUCGUACCAGUGCUGUUAUAUUGUAGCCUUUCUAUUUUAUUUUCUUUUUUUUUUGUGCUG